CAAAAAAAAUGGCGUCACUUGUCAAACAUAGCAAUGCUGCAAUGUGUGUGUGAGCGUAAAUGCUAGGCUACCGAAAAAUACCGAUCAUUUAUUUAAUUGGUGUUCUAAAAUUUAUAAACUUAUAUAAAUAAAAUAAAAUGGGUCGUUCAAGAUCACGGAGCAAGUCGCCUAGGCGUCACCAUAAAAGUAGCAAACAUUCAAGAAAGAAGAGUCGAUCCAAGGAUCGGUCUUCAUCAAGAAGCAGAAGUUCGAAACAUACUGAAAAAUCUAGAGAACGAAGCUCCAAAUCUAGAAAAAGAUCGCAUUCGGUAUCAUCAUCAAGCAGCAGCGAAGCGUCGUAUGAUGGAAGUAGAAGAAGUCACGGCAAGAAAUCUAAGGUUCGCAGCAAGAUGGACGAAGUAGAUAGAUUAGCAGAAAUGGAAAGACAGAGACGCGUGAGGGAAGCUGAACAGAAGGUGGUUGAAGAAGAAGCAGCAAAAAGAAUAGAAUUGCUAGUGAAGAAAAGAGUUGAAGAGGAAUUGGAAAAAAGAAAAGAAGAAAUUGAACAAGAAGUUGCUAAGCGUGUUGAAGAGGCCAAGCGGAAGAUGGAGAAGGAAAUGAUGGAGGAACUUGAGCGCCAAAGAGAACAGCAGCGGCGGGAGGAGCUUGCUAGACAGGAGGAAGAAGCUCGUAAAAGGAAAGAGCUGGAAGAAAUCAUGGCAGAAAAUAAUAAAAAGAUUGAAGAGGCUCAGCGAAAGCUGGCUGAGGAGCGGCUUGCAAUGAUUGAAGAACAAAGAAAAAUGGAUGAAGAGAGACAGAAACUUAAGAAAGAACAAGAAAAAAGAUUAAAAGAAGAACAGAGAAAAAUAUUGGGCAAAAACAAUUCAAGACCAAAACUGUCAUUUUCUUUGAACCCUCUUUCAUGAGUUAUGGUUAAAGUGAAGAGUGACAUCUUUGUGGUGUUUGAGGAUUACUGUUAUCCUAUGGAAUCAAAUUACUUCACAGGUGUGAUCACCAGACACUUCCAUGAAAUUCAAUACAAAUGUGUAAAACAAUUCAUUCUCAUUUACGUAAGGUUGGACUUUAAAGGAACGGUAGGGUUGUUAAGUACAGUUGUAAUAAGUUUUCUUUAUUCUUGAUAAAAAUUACGAAAUAUCUAGCGUGAAGUUUCGUGAUUUAUACAAUAAGUGAUUUUAUUGAUGCCAGACCACAUAGAAUAAUUAUUUGGAAUAAAUGAAUUAAUCAUUUUCACACACUAUUUUUGUAAACUAAAUACGGGAUUAUGUAUAUUUAGGUAUUCAUUUUUUAGAACUGUCUCGAAAAUCGUCCACUUUAAUAGUUUAUUUAUACCGAUGGUUUGUUCUUUAUAGAGAUUCCUACUGUAUAAAUUUCAUUUUCGAGUUGUAGACAAAUAUUUGAUAGCGAAAUUCCUAUUGAAGUGCUGCCGAAAAAUGUUUAGAUAAAUUUCACAGAGGAGCCUUAUUGUAUGUAUAUACAGUAAUAAAGAGUUUCUGCUCAAGUGUUAUUGUUAUAUUAUCAGAAAUAGAUUUAUGGCUAAAAUGCUCAUUUCUUUUAUAUUCAGAUCUAAUCAUUAAUAUUAUAGAAAAAAAUAGUAUAGCUUUCACACUUGCUUUUAAACACUGUAAGAUUACAAAUUAGUUACAAAAAUAUUAUUUACACAACAAAAUUAUAAGGAUAGGCUUUUAUAAAUGUAAAUACGUUUGUAAAGUUAAGGUAAUUAAUUAUUACAUUUUAGGAUUCGUUUAGUUAUUCAUUAGAAAUAAGACCUAGGCAUACACAUUUAUUUUUGAACACAGUAACGUAGUAUGGUUAUUUCUUUUAUUUGCCCUGUCAUAUAAGACUAGAAAAAAUAAUUGGUACGGAACUGUUUUCAUUAAAUAUUUAUCCACAGACAUAUUCGUAAAAAUUAAAACUUAUAACGUUACCUGCUUGAGAAUGUCAAAAACGACUGUUACCUAUGCUUCCGGCAGUUUGUUUUUUUUGUCUGUUUCGGCACCGUAACAAUUAGUUUACCUGUACAUAUCCGAUUAUGCAAUAUGGCCACGGCAUUUUUAUUAUUGACCAAGAAUAAUUAUUUAAUUGAAACUGUUGCACUUAUUUUAUUACUUGCUGAUGGAGGAAGUUGUUUUGAUAAGCGUAAGGAACUUUGUAAUUUGCACGAAAAUAAUACAAUAGGACACUGAUUGCCGUCAGUAAAAAUAAGUGAUUCAACGAAUAUACAUCAGAUGUAACACUAUUAUUAUAACAAUAUUCAUGUGGUCUCCUUUUGUUUAAAUAUUACUUCAAAAUAGACAUCUGGUUCAAUAUUGUUAAUUGCUUAACAUGAUCAAAUGUAAUGCAGUGUGCGAUUUUUUUUAAUAAAUUCCAUACAUAAUUCUUACUUAUUAGUGUUAGUAUUUCAUAAUUGAUUUAAUUAAAUAAACCCCUACACCUUUGA